AUGCCUCUGGGUAUUCAUAACCCGCUGCCGUCGUCUUUGAGCAGUGAAUGCAAAAAGGCGGCCAAAAUCUUGACAUCCUUUGUGGACCCCAGGCAGGCCUUCGGUCCAGAAAAGGUCAUUCCACCAGAUAUUCUGUCUGGUGCAAAGGGUCUUGCCAUUCUUACAGUCCUCAAAGCCGGAUUCAUUGGUUCUGGUCGAUUCGGAUCGGGUAUUGUCGUUGCACGUCUCGCUGAUGGCUCCUGGUCGGCUCCCUCGGCGAUCAUAACCGCUGGCGCGGGUGUAGGUGGACAGAUUGGAUUCGAGCUGACCGACUUCGUCUUCAUUCUCAAUGACGCAUCGGCGGUCCGCGCAUUCUCGCAGUUCGGAACACUGACACUGGGUGGUAACGUCUCUCUGGCCGCUGGUCCGGUCGGUCGCAACGCAGAGGCUGCCGGCGCGGCCAGUACCAAGGGAGUCGCGGCGGUCUUCUCAUACUCGAAGACCAAGGGUCUCUUCGCCGGUGUCAGUUUGGAGGGCAGUAUGCUCGUGGAACGCAAGGAUGCCAAUGAGAAGAUGUAUCAAAGCCGUGUCAGCGCCGCCCAGCUUCUGACCGGUAGUGUGCGACCGCCGCCUUCGACCGAUGCACUGAUGCACGUUCUCAACUCGCGUGCGUUCCAAGGCAGUGGACGUGCUGGCGGCGACGCGAUGUACAAUGACACGCCUGUUUACGACGACAGUCACGACGAUGUUGUCUGGGAAGGCCGGAGGGGUGAGGCCUACGGUCAGGGCUCGCGCACCAAUCGCAGCCGAGCGAGCACCUUUGACGACGCUGCCGGUGGUUACGAAUACCGCGACAAGCCCCGUCGCGCGAAUACCUCUUGGGACGAUGAUGUAUACGAUCGAUCCCCGGGCGGUCUGGGACGUUCUUCGACCACUCGCGCUGCCCCGAACGACUCAUACGGCGACUAUGGACGUAGCCGCAGCAACACCACGCCUCUCGACGAUGACUACAGCUACUCGGACCGCCGACCUACCCGCCCCACUGCUCCCAAGCCGGUCUUUGGUCAAAGGACGGGCCAGGGUGCGGCUUUGCGGCAGGACCAGGCGAUUGCACUGUACACGUUUGAUGCGGACCAAGAUGGAGACUUGGGGUUCAAGAAGGGCGAGAUCAUCACGAUCCUGAAGCGCACCGAGAAGGCGGAGGAUUGGUGGACUGGCCGGAUUGGCGAUCGUGUCGGCAUUUUCCCCAGCAACUACGUCGAUACCUCUUCUUAG